CCGGCUCCCGGGCAUUUAAAGGGGACGCGGCGGCGGCCCGGGGGGAUGGGGGGCAGGUGGAGGGGACGGCCCAGACGCACAUCAUCCACGGCCCCUCGGAACUGGAGGGACUCGUGAGCCGGAGCCCAGAAAUCCGGGGGUGGAUAAGACACCGCGUCCCCUCCAAUUCCCGUAAGCACCCCUUGCCCCAUCCUGCGCCCAAAUACCUCAGCUAGCCCCUCUCCUCACUUUACACUCCAAACUAAGCCGGGACAGACCUCUGCCGCCGCUGCUCCCCACGCAGGAGGAAACAAGGAGGAAUCCAGUGAUCUGACGUGGCAUCAGGGAGGCAAGCACCGCUUUUAAGUGGGACUAGAAUAUGGACUCCCUGCCGCCCCAGAGAAACUCCUCUCUCCUCUCUAUGCUCUAGCCAUCUAGAGAAGCUCAGAUAUCCUGUCCCCCUUUUCUCUGAGGGACUCUUUUUGGUGACCACAAAAGAAUUUGGUCACUUAGGACAAAGCUGCCAGAGACCUCGUGUGGUUGUCAGGAGCUCUGGACGACGGUUGGAGGCCAACGGAGUCUUCUGCAGUUGGUGCCCAGGGUGAUGCAGUGACAAUGAGCGGGUGUUUUCCAGUCACUGGUCUCCGAUGCCUGUCUAGGGUCUUGGAUGUGCCAGCGCCUAUGGCCGUGGCCUGCUAACCAGCCUCUCCCUGGCCGGCUCGUGCCGCGCCCCCUCUCGCUUGCUCCCUCCUCCUCCUGCUCCUGCUCCUCUCCCCCCUGCUCCCAGGACGGCGGGAUGGCCACGCAGGGCGCUCCGCGCUUCCUCCUGACCUUCGACUUCGAUGAGACCAUCGUGGACGAAAACAGCGACGACUCCAUCGUGCGUGCCGCGCCGGGCCAGCGGCUCCCCGACAGCCUGCGGGCCACCUACCGCGAGGGCUUCUACAACGAGUACAUGCAGCGCGUCUUCCAGUACCUGGGCGAGCAGGGCGUGCGACCGCGGGACCUGCGCGCCAUCUACGAGGCCAUCCCCCUGUCGCCGGGCAUGAGCGACCUGCUGCAGUUUGUGGCCAAGCAAGGCUCCUGCUUCGAGGUGAUCCUCAUCUCGGAUGCCAACACCUUCGGCGUGGAGAGCGCGCUGCGCGCCGCGGGCCACCAUGGCCUGUUCCGCCGCAUUCUCAGCAACCCGUCGGGGCCCGACGCGCGGGGGCUGCUGGCGCUGCGGCCCUUCCACUCGCACAGCUGCGCGCGCUGCCCCGCCAACAUGUGCAAGCACAAGGUGCUCAGCGACUACCUGCGCGAGCGAGCCCAGGACGGCGUGCACUUCGAGCGCCUUUUCUACGUGGGCGACGGCGCCAACGACUUCUGCCCCAUGGGGCUGCUGGCGGGCGGCGACGUGGCCUUCCCGCGCCGCGGCUACCCCAUGCACCGCCUUAUCCAGGAGGCGCAGAAGGCCGAACCCAGCUCCUUCCGCGCCAGCGUGGUGCCCUGGGAAACGGCCACCGACGUGCGCCUCCAUCUGCAACAGGUGCUGAAGACGUGCUGAGGACGGCGGCCUGCAGGGGGCGCCCGGGCGGGGUGGGGGUGGGGGACAGCGGGAAAGACAAACCUAGUUUUAUUACUCCCUUUCCCUCGCUCUCGGUUCGGUAUGUCCCUCCGGAAAUUCCGGGAAUCCCGGGCUCGUCCACGUGGGGGCUGGGAGAGGGAGUUCGGAGCCGUCUCUGUCUAUGCAGUUAACCCCAAUCGGCUGCCUCUCUGCACCCCCCACCCCGUCCCCGUUUCACUACAACGUUAAAUUCUGGAGUCCGGCCCCACCGAGGUGGUUGGUGCACAUCCCUGGGAAGGCAGCGGUGUUUCCAAGAUCCUUGUCCUCGGAACGGAGAGGAAGCGGUUCCCACGGCUUUCACUGCUCCCCUGAACUGCGGAACCUUCCCAUCUCCCUUUCUUCUGUUAAGGGAACUCGCGACCCCAAAGCCUCCCCGACGCGCCGGAAUCCCAGCGGAGAGAGAUGAAGCUCUGCACCCACGACCUCAGGCCUAGAUCUUGCUUCACCUAGCGCGUCUUCACACUACACCCUUUUUCUUCUGGCCUUCCUCCCCGCGCACAAUCCCCUUCUCCCACCCCCACCAGCAUCCCCAAAGGGGUGGGGGGAAGCCAGAGGGAACAGUCGCCUCCUGGUGGUGGAACGAGGUAGCACACUGUCCGGCUCGGGUCCUUCCAGCCUGGGACCUCACAGCGCGCGACGGUGUCUCCCCUCACCCCAGCCUCUUCUAUGCAGCAAGAGACCAGGGACUUUACCAAAGUCGCCCCGCGGGCUGGGCCCUCUGCGCCUCCGUCCUCCCGUAUGGAACAGAAAGCCAUGAUGUUUUAAAGCCGAGCCAGCGAAAGCCAAGCCCCUCCUCCCUCUUUGGUGUUCUAGAGCUAUAAAGAAGGUGAAGGGGGAA